AUGGCAUCUGUCUUUGGCUUCGGCGCCGAUUCUGGCGCGCGCACCGUCGGACGCGAGCACUUUCCCGUCUAUCCCCGAGGCUUCUUCGGCCUGCGCAUCGCACAGCUGGUCCUCGCCCUGAUCGUCCUCGGCCUCGACGCCUACGGCCUGUACAGCCUGUCCUUUUCCGGGGACGGGCUCAACAUGUUCACGUGCAUCGCCACCGUCAUCACCUGUGUCUACCUCCUCGUCGCCGAGCUCGCCGUUUCGGCCAUCUUCAACUACUGGGCCGCCCUCGGGCUGGACAUUUUCUUGGUCGUCUUCUGGCUGGUCUCCUUUGCCUUGAUGGCCUCGCAGGUGGCUCCCUUUAUGCGGACGUACGAUGAGUGCUACGGCGACUACUGCUACACGUACGCGCUCGACGGUUACGCCAAGACGUUUGCCGACUGCAUGGCUGCCGUGGCCGGACUCGGUGGCUUGGAGUUCCUCCUCUUCAUCGUCAGCCUCGCCAUCAGUGGCUUUGCCCUCCACCGUCACCGCGCCCUCGGCCUGCACUGCAUUCCCGGACAGGAACGAACCGUGGUCGGGGCCGGCGAGAAGGGUGUGCCGGUGGCCCUGCAGUCCAUCCAACCGGCCCAGUCGUUCCAGCAGCAGCCGGCUCAGCCACAACUUCAGCCACAGACUCAGCCACAGCAGUUCCAGGCCCCGGCCGCCGCCUACAGCCAGACCUUUACGCCGCCGCCUCCAUCAUCUACUCCCGGCGCCGUCUCGCCCCAGGCCACAUACUCCGGUGUUGCUCCCAAUACGACCUACUAUGAGGCUCAGGCGUAG